AUGCGACUCCGUAAGCAUCAUGUUUCUUGUGCUCAUAACUGUCCGUCUUGUGAAGAUCCUCAUGAAGACGAUUGGCAUGUUUUUUUUGGGUGUUCAGAAGCAAUUUCCUCUGGGAGGGCAGCAGGUUUGUAUAAUAUAUCUCCCCGUCUCCACUCGUUUGAGGAUGCUAAAUCCGUUAUUAUUGAUAUUUGUUGCAAGGAAGAUAGUCAUGUUGCGGGUAGAGUAGCGGUAACGAUAGAGGGCUUGUGGAGGAAUAGAAAUGAUUGGCUUUGGAACAAUGAAAAGGAAGAUGCGACUAAACUUGGUUGGAUUGCUUUGCACAAGUGGCAGGAAUGGUUUUAUGCUCAACAUAUUCGACCCUCUGAUGGUAACAACAGGGAGUUGGUUCAUUGGACUCCACCGCCGAGUGGUAGCUUUAAGUGUAAUGUGGAUGCGGGUUUUAACCGUCAGUUAGGUACAUCGAAACGGGGGUGGUGUCUUCGAGAUGAUCAUGGCGACUUUGUUGUUGCUGGCACUGCUUGGGAUGGUGGUUCUUUAUCUAUCCUGGAAACGGAGGCUUUAGCUCUCAAGGAAGCCAUCCAAGGUGUUAGUUCCCUUCAUAUUGAUCAUGUCUUAUUUGAAAGUGACUCUCAGGUGGUAGUCUAUAGUCUACGGUCUAAAUUAAGUGGUAAUUCAGAAUUUAAUUUGAUUAUUUCUUCUAUUAAGUUGUUGUUACUAGAUUUUCCCAACUUUAAGAUAAAGUUUGUUAAGCGUCAAGCGAACUUGGUUGCCCAUACAUUAGCUAAGGCGGUCAAUUCUUGGUCUCGACGUAUGUUACUUGAAGAGAUUCCUCUUUGUAUUUCUUCUUAUUUGAUUAAUGAAAGAAGUUAA